AUGUCCCCCCCUGUGCAUGCGGAUGUGUGGUUCCGUGUCCUCUUUGGCAUGCUUCCUGUGAAUGCUCGUUUCGUGUAUCGCCAGGCUACAGACGCCAGCGCCGUGCUGUGUGCGCACGGCUGCCUCGAAGUUGAGUCUCAACUACACGCACUUUUUGCUUGCCCUCGAUUGGCCCCCCUGUGGCAAACCCACCAGUCAGCAUGGCGGACUACUGGAGUCCGAUUUUCCUGGCACAACAUUUUGAACCUGGACGAUUUUUAUUGUCACGUCAACCACGGGCAUCUCAAACCAGCACUGUUUCAGUUGUGGGUCAUGGUCACUGGUGUCUGUCUACACCUCCUGUGGUUUCACCACAAUCAAGUUCAAUAUCAGGGCCACGCGCUACCGCCCCUCGCGGCCCUCAUUGAACUGUCCUUUGUCACUUGGACUGCCACAGUACGGUCGUGGCUUCGUCGUUUACCCCCUGACGAUAUCACUCGACCUGCUCUGAUGGCUGCGCUAGAUUUGUUAUUUCGGCAGUCCCACUACUCGCAAUUGCAUCAAAAAUUCCCCCCGUGUCUCAAGCUUGCACCGACGUUCGAUAUUCAUUAG